CACACUUAUUUUCCCUCCUUUCACUCUCCUUGCUCCCACCUCCUCCAUCCAUCUAUCCAGGCCCUUCCGUCUUCCUCCGGCAGAAUAGAGAAGGAGAAAAAAAACAACUAAUAUUAGAGAGAGAGAGCGAGGGAGGGAGAGAGAGAGAGAGAGAGAGAGAGAGACUGCAGCAGCAGCGAUCGCUCGGCUGUCAGACGCAGAGGAAUGAUAAUUACAAAGAGAUUGACUCGGCAACAAGAAGAAGAAGAGGAGGAGGAGGAAGGUGGAGGAAGACGAAGAGGAGCCCGGCCUGCAGCCGUGAGGCGAGCGGAGGAAUAGGAGGGAGAAAAGGAGGGAUCCAAUUGAUAAUAAUCUGAUCGAGGACACGGCGCAGACGGUGGAGCAGCAGUUGUGUGUGCGUGUGUGUGUGUGUGUGUGCGUGCGUGUGUGCGUGUGGGUCUUUUCGGAGGGAGAUGAUGGUGACAGCAGCAGCAGCAGCGGAGGAGGAGAUAGAAGGAUGAGCAGGGAUCAAUAAUCCUCUCUCCUCCUCUUCCUCCAGCCCCCACCUUGAUCCCUCCGUCACCUCUGCAGGAGCCGCUGAAACCUGAGGAUCUGGAUAUGCCAUCCUUAACGACGGUGAAUCCCAGAUGCCUCGCUGCAUCCAGGAAGGAGACAAACAUCUGACAUGACAUUUGACCUUUGCGCAGCACUCCCUCCGACAGACCGACUGCAGGGUGACGGGCCGAGUCCUGCUGGUGGACCCAUGGACCUGAAAGGGGCAAACCUCUCCUCCUCCACCUUUGUCCGGAGAUGAUCCCCAACGGACGUUACGUUUUCAUUUUGGGGAGAUUUGGGUUGUGUUGAUUUUCCCAAAGUUUGGUUCUACAGUUUUGUUGAUGGAAAAGGUCUGAACUGAAUUAUAAUAUCUUUUUCCACUCAGAAAACUCUUGAUUUGGGGAAUCAACCACUGGAUUUUAUUACGAGGCACGGCAGGGAAACCUGUGGUCAGUCAGCUUGUUUUGGAGGUUCCUACAUGGUCGUGCAGUCUGCAUCUCCUCUGCAGCACCGGAUGCAUAAUAAAAAAAAUGCUGAACAAUCUACAGUUUCUCAACAAUGAUGAUGUGCAUUUUUGACACAGAGGAACACACAAUGUCCCCGUCAGCGCUGGUCUUCACACCUGCUUCUUGGAAACCAAUGUUCUGAUCUCCUGGAUGGAGUGCAAAGAGUGGAUACAAUUGACACACUGACGAACAGAGAGAAACAGUUUUGGUUGAGGGGGGAAGACAGUCUCUCUCUCUCUUUAUUUGUUCUGCUUUUUUUACCGUCAUGGGUCUGAAGCCCAGAAGAAACAGCUGACUAAACCAGGGGAUGGUGGACAACUCUAUAAAGGUCUCUGAUAGGAGCCAGCAAGGACGAGGUCCAUCUUGAUCUUCAAAUCAGACCUCAAAGAAGAGAAAGUCCUCUCCCCCCCACUUACCUCUGGUGGGGGGGAGGGUGAAAGGUAGUUUAGUUUUUAAGGUGUAGGGCUAAGUGCCAUAGGGCUUAAUUUCGUAGUUAUUUAGACAUUAAGUUUAAUGUUGUAGACUAGACGGUAGAAGGCAUACUCAGGCCACAUUUCAUCUACAACAGAAGUUUAUUUUUAAGCCUCAGUGUACAACCUAGAUCCAACCAACUGGAACAACAACAGCAUUCAGGCUCUCUAGUCACCAGUUAAGCACCACUGAACCACGGUCACCGGAUCUUCUCCCAGUUUUCACACCUGAAAAGUCAUGGAUGCUAAUCAAGGCCCGGGGCAGGGCAACCCCGAAAGCCCGAACCGGGCCGUGGAAUACCUCCUUGAACUCAACAACAUCAUUGAGAGCCAGCAGAAGCUUCUGGAAACCCAGCGGCGUCGAAUCGAGGAGCUGGAGGUCCAACUGGACCGGCUCAGCCAGGAGAACAAGGACCUGCGUCUGGACCGGCAACCCGUUGCUCCUCCUCCGCCGGCUCCUCCCCCCGAGCCUCCUCUCCCUCCUCCACCUCCGCCGCCUCCACCGACUCAGACCACGUCAACAUCCAUUACUGCCAAGAAUCCCCACCACCACCACAACAGCCAAUACCAAGCUCCGCCCCAGCCUCCCUCUUCUAUCCCCCUCCACCACAGCCACCACCACCACCAGUACCAUCAGCAUCACCACCACUCCUACAACAGCUCCAACAGCACCAGUACAACAGCAAUACCGACUUCCGUCCCAACCUCCAUCUCGGUUCCCACCCAGAUCCCAGCUCCGAUCUCCUCCCCGACCCCGGUUCCACCUCCGCCUCCUCCGAUCCUGCCAAGGGAUCAACCGCGGGCUCACAGCCGGCUGACACGAAUGCCCUCCACCAGCACCGGCACCAACACCAACUUUGUGGAGAAAGAGAAGGAGAGGCUUGAGCGACUGCACAGAGCCAAUUCCUCCAACAACCACCACGCCCACACCCUCCACCACCAGAAAUCUGUGGAGGGCGAUCCUCAGUGUCCGGAGGCAAUCACUUUUUCUGACUCGUCCUUCGGCCAUCCGCGUCCAUUCCAUCGCUAUAGCAACAGCCCUCUGCCCAGCCCUUGUGACCCCUACGGCUCCUCCUCCAUCGGCCCGCUCGGAGCCUCCCACACACACACACAGGGCAGCUCCCCCGUCUCCCCCCCCAGCCCGGCCAGCCUCGCCUGGGCUCAGCGCAGCCGACACCAGCCGGCCAGCCUGGCGCUCCGCAAGCAGGAGGAGGAGGAGAGCAAACGCUGCAAGGCUCUAUCCGACAGCUAUGAGCUCUCUACGGACCUCCAGGACAAGAAGGUGGAGAUGCUGGAGAGGAAGUACGGGGGCCAGUUUGUGUCCCGACGGGCAGCCCGGACCAUCCAGACGGCCUUCAGGCAGUACCGCAUGAACAAGAACUUUGAGAGGCUUCGCAGCUCGGCCUCAGAGAGCCGGAUGACGCGGCGCAUCAUCCUGUCCAACAUGAGGAUGCAGUACUCGUUCGACGAGCGGCAGCCGCAGGGUCAAGGAUCAGCGGGUCCGCGGGGGUUGGACGACGUUGGGGACUUGGACGACUCCUUCUCCAAGCAGGUGAAGUCUUUGGCCGACUCCAUCGACGACUCCCUCACCUGCCAGUCCGGCCUCGAGGACUCACAGGAGGCCGGCGGGGACGGGGAGGAGGACGACGAGGAGGACGAGGAGGAGGGAGAUGAGGAAGAGGAGGAGGACGAGGAUGAAGACGAAGACUACAGAGAUUGCGCGUGGCACAGCGCGAGCUCGUCCUCGCGCCGCAUGGCGGGCCGGCCGGGGGUCGGGGGAGGGAGGGGAGGGAGGGGAGGAAGGGGAGGCGCGGCCAUGCACGAGGACAGCACCGCCACCUCCUUCAGCGACGUGACGAUCUAUAUGGACGACGGUUGCCUCCCCUCCUCGCCGCUGUCCCGCCCGCCGUCCUCGCCGCUGUCCCGCCCCGCCUCCAGCUCCGACACGGAGUACUGGGGCGGCGGGGGGGGAGGAGUAGGUGUGGGGGGGAGGGAGGACAGCAGGGAGACGGAGGGAGGCAGCAGCGCAAGCCGGAGGAGCAGCACCCCCUGCACAGAGUGUCGAGGGGAGUACAGAGGGAGGACCGGAGGAGGAGGACACCUCCCCGUCCUGACUAUCGAACCACCCAGUGACAGCUCAGUGGACAUGAGUGACAGGUCGGAGCGAGGCUCCAUCGGACGCCUUGUGUACGAACAGGAGCCGCCAGCAGUGGAGCGAGGGGGAGGAGAGCAGGAGAGGAGGGGAGGAGGAGAGGAAGGAGAGAGCGGAGAGGACGAGCGAGGAGAGGGGGGAGGAGGUGGGGGAGGGAGCAGUGAGGCUGACUCUCCUCAGGGGACCAUCAAACAGAAGCCCGGCGGCCGCUCGGUGGCCACGGCGCAGGGACAGACACGCACCCCCAGCGCGCCCCUCCCCAUGCCCUCCGCCCGCGCCCUGCCCUCCCACCCGCUGCCUCACCCGCUCCAACACCCCCACCCUCACACCCACCCGUCGCCCAUCCCCCACCUGCCCACCAUCCUCCACCACCAGCCGCAGUACAGCCAGCAGCACGUCGUGCACAUGCACCACGCCCUUGGGGGGGGAGGAGGCGGCCCUUACAUGCAGCCCGCCCACCAUUUCGGCCAGCAACACUACCACCACCUGCACCACCACCACCUCCCCCACGGCUUCCCAGAACCCCCCUCUUCCCCGUUGCCCUCCCCCGUCCCGCCCCUCUCCCCUCUCCCGCCCCCGCUCACGCCCUCGCCGCUGUCCUCUUCCUCCUCCCUGGCGCUCCAGAGCUUGGAGGCGCAGCAGCACCACCUGGCCCACCACCCCCACCUCCUCCUCCACCACCACCUGCUCUGCUCGGACGGCGACAACGAGAGCGUCAACUCCACCACCACCAACUCCAACGACGACACCACGGUCAACAACUGCAGCUCGGGCUCCUCGUCGCGGGACAGCCUGCGGGAGCCGAUGGGGGGGGGGGCACUGGGGAAGCAGACCUAUCAGAGGGAGAGCCGCCACAGCUGGGACUCCCCCGCCUUCAACAACGACGUGGUGCAGCGGCGGCAGUACCGCAUCGGACUGAACCUCUUCAACAAGAAGCCGGAGAAGGGCAUCCAGUACCUGAUCGAGAGAGGCUUCGUGUCCGACACGCCGGUGGGCAUCGCACGCUUCAUCCUGGAGAGGAAGGGUCUCAGCAGGCAGAUGAUCGGGGAGUUCCUGGGCAGCCGGCAGCAGUUCAACAAGGACGUUCUGGACUGUGUCCUGGAUGAGAUGGACUUCUCGGGGAUGGACUUGGACGACGCUCUGAGGAAGUUCCAGGCUCAGAUCAAGGUUCAGGGCGAGGCUCAGCGGGUGGAGCGACUGGUGGAGGCCUUCAGUCAGCGGUACUGCGUCUGUAACCCGGUGCUGAUCCGCCAGUUCCAGAAUCCGGACACCAUCUUCAUCCUGGCCUUCGCCAUCAUCCUCCUGAACACGGACAUUUACAGCCCCAACGUGAAGCCGGAGAGGAAGAUGAAGCUGGAGGACUUUGUGAAGAACCUGCGGGGUGUGGAUAACGGUCAGGACAUCCCUAGGGACCUCCUGGUCUCCAUCUACGGGCGGAUCCAGAAGUGGGAGCUCAGGACCAACGACGACCACGUGUCUCAGGUCCAGGCGGUGGAGAGGAUGGUGGUCGGCAAGAAGCCGGUGUUGUCUCUGCCUCAUCGUCGGUUGGUGUGUUGCUGUCAGCUGUUCGAGGUUCCCGAUCCUAACAGAGCUCAGAGGAGCGGCGUCCACCAGAGAGAAGUGUUCCUAUUCAACGACCUGCUGAUGGUGACAAAGAUCUUCCAGAAGAAGAAGACCUCGGUGACGUAUAACUUCAGACAGUCCUUUCCUCUGGUGGACAUGCAGGUCCACACCUUCCAGAACAGCUACUACCCCCACGGCAUCAAGCUGACGUCGGCGAACCCUGGAGGAGAGAGAAAGGUUCUCAUCGUGUUCACGGCUCCGAGCCAACAGGACCGAGCUCGCUUCACCUCUGACCUCCGAGAGAGCGUCGCCGAGGUGCAGGACAUGGAGAAGUACCGGGUGGAGGCCGAGCUUGAGAAGCAGAAAGGUGUGCUACGUCCAGGUGUGGGGGGAGGAGGGCCGGGAGGCGGAGGGCCCAAUGGCAGUGGCGCUAAGGCCGAGGUGGUGAAUGGCACCCUGGGUAGACCGAGCCUCGACGACACGUACGCCUCGGUGGACGGACUCAAACGCACGGCGCUCAGCUCCUCACUCAGAGACCUCUCAGAAACAGGGAAGCGAGGUCGCAGGAACAGUGUUGGGUCAUUGGACAGUACCAUUGAAGGUUCCAUCAUUAGCAGCCCUCGUCCACACCAGCAGCGCCCCCUGCAUGCCGGAGGUCUGUCCUACAGCCCCAUGAUGGUCCCUUCCUCUCCAGCAGCCUAUCGGCCGCACCGCCCUACUCAGAGCCCCGGUACAGGGUUGGGGGGUGGGCCGGGGCUCUGUCACAACCAGGGGGGGAUCGCCACCUCCCCCCUCGUGAGCGGGGGAGGGGGUGGGGGAGGAGGAGGGAUGGUAGGUGGGGGGGGGGCAACUGGCGGCGGGCUGCUGGGGAACUUAUUUGGCAGCCGCAGAGGCAAGUGUCCUGGUCCCCUGACGAUGACGUCACCGACUCCUCAGAGUCCACCGAGUCCCCUGAUGAUAUCGUCGCCCCCCCACUACCCCGCCCCUGCGCCUCCCAUCGCCCACCCAUCCUCCCCUUCCCCAUGCCCCGCCACAUCGCCCAACCCCGUCCAGCUGGACUCAGGAGGGGGGCCGUCCAAGCUGCAGGCGCUGCACGCUCAGUAUUGCCACAGCAGCAGUGGAGGAGGCGGAGCCAGUGUUACCGGGCAGCAGCAGCAGCAGCAGACGCCGCCCCCACCCUACCACCACCAUCACCGCUACCACAUGCAGAGCGUGCCGCAGCACCACGCCCUCGCGCACAGAUUCUCUGCCCCCCGGCGGCCAGGCCCGUCCAGCUGCGUUUCCUCUCAUGCCCAGCAGCAUCAGAGGCUGCAACAUGGCGUCGGCCAGCACCCGCGCUACAACCUGGGCUUCAUCACGCCGCCGCCACUCUCCCCGCACUCCCCCGUCACCCCGACCACCCCGCACGGACUCUACCAUUCGCACCCCGCGGUGGGGAGGCCGGGGGGAGGCGGCAAGCUGCCACUGACCAUUUCGCACUCGCAGCCCCACCCCCACGCGCACACGCACUCCCACAACCACGCCGUGCACGCACACUCCCCGCUCAGCCCCUCCCCCUCUGCCUCCCCCUCCACGCACUUCAUCUUCUCCACCCCGCCUCCCCAGACGCCGUCGGCUCGCCUCCUCCCCCAGACGCCAACGCAGCCCUACGCGCCACAGUACACGGCAAUCUCCUCCAUCCCGCCUCCGCCGCCGCACUCCCCGCUUCCUCCGCCGUUGAACCCCGCGCUCUCCCUUCACCCGGGGGCGGUGCCGGGGCAAGGGGCGGGUCCCAAGUCAAAGCCGGUCAGCCGGAUCAGCACGGUCGUGUGAGGAGGCGGAGGCCGAGGACGCUGGCCCGCCUACCCGCAGUGAGCCACCGGGGGGCGGUAGUGAGGAGGAGGAGACGAGGAGGAGAAGUCUACCAACACGGCCGCCUAUCGAGGAAGAGAAUACGGAGAGAGGGGAAGAGGAAGCUACUCAGCCUGUGUUACUUUCACAUCAACUUCCCCCGCAGGUAGAGAGACUCUCACACACGCCUGCACCAAGGAAACCUCCUCCAUGCUCCCGUCCAUGUUCCCUUCCAUGCUCCCUUCCUAGUGCCCUUCCUAGUGCCCUUCGAAGGCGUUGGUGUCGAGUGAGUGUUGAGUUUGUGAGACGCAAAGGGUUAGCGCCCGAUGCUACCGCUACGUAUCGCUCGAAGGGACCAUCCAGGUGACUGACAGCCUGCGAUUUGUUCCUUUCACUCCAAAAAAAGGAAAAUCACACCAGUCUUGCAUCACUCAGUUUUUUUUGGCACACACACACAAAAAAAAAGCACUCGUGCCACUUUUGUUGGUUGUCGACAAAUUACAAGCCAUGAGGCCGUCGGUGGAGUAGUUUGUGUGUCUUAGACAGGCGUGCAUGACCUGUGCAAUAGCUAAUGAGUGUGUCUGUGGUUAGAAGCCCUGGAUGCAAGGGGGAGGGAGCUGUUGUAAUUUGAAUGACCCAAUCCAGCAUUUGAUCAUUAAAAAAAGUCCAUUAGUGGAAGAGCUUCCUUUCUACAAUAAACGUUUUUUAAAACUUCAAAUAAGCCAUCGUAACAAAAAGGAAUGACAGGUGUAUUUCUACCUUUGGUGUUUUCCAAAGAGGACUCAAAGCCUUGUUUGUCGCUCACGAGGUUUCAGCAGGCGCCACACGGUCGGAUCGGACGGGAGACUUUUGACAAUUUACCCAAAUCUUUAAUCUCUUGAAAGGGGGAGUCCUUGGAGUCCGAUGUUCCAGUGCAUCUGAAAGCAUAAACCAGAAUGAAUCAUUUUAAGCCUCGUUCUGCUCCAUAAUGUCACCGUUCAUGUUGCCGGGAAAUUAGAUUAAGAAGAAAGGUGUCAAACAGGGUGCAGUCUGAGAAACGCUGGAAAUAUUAGAGAAUGAACUGGGUGGGAAACCUAAAUAAUUAUAUUCACUAUAAAAUCUAAAUAUCAUCAUCCAGAUGUAAUGAACAUAAGCCUGAGGAAAGACAUCAACGUGUGUCCUCAGAAAGAAAAGAAAACUCAUCAUCUACAAAUCACAAUUAUCAAAAAUGAAUCAGAACAAUGAGAAUAUCAAAUCAAAUUAAAGAUGUCUGAAGAUCAGCUGGUGAAUUGUAAAGUUUAAACUACUCUCUGCAUCCACACACAAUGAGCAUGUAAGUCUACAAAAGCAUUUAUUUCAGCUGCUGACGCACUUGUUUGGCUCAGAAUUAAUUUCCCACCUUGUCAUUGACACAUUUCCUGUUACUGCUCGGGUUCAAAGUAAAGAAUCAGUUGCCUUCAGACGGAAGGAUGGUACAAAAUCUACAUUCUGAUUCACCGCCUCGGAACAUAAAGACAAAGCAGAGGACCCAGGCCUUCGUCUACCUCGUCCUCCAGCAAAAGAACCCGAGAAACCGGACCGGAGAGCUCGCCGCGUCCCUCCGCACGCCGUCCUCCACCCAGCUCAUUACGACGCAUUAUUCCUGCCAAGCCAGUGUUAAAGUGUACGUUUUUGCUUUUUCUCCAUGUGAUGGGCAGAACGUUCUUACCAGGCAUUUGUACUUUUUUGACCAGAAAGGAAACCUCUCAGUGCUCGUUGCACAUUUACCAGCGUUUCACCGGUGGAUCAUGGGAAAUCCCUCCGAUGUUCUGAAUGAAAACACUGACGUUGUGGUUCUUUAGUUUCGCCGUGUUACGUAGAUAUGAACUGUACAGUGUGUUCUGUAUUCCGACCGUCUGCUGAGGUUCAGGAUCUGCUUGAAAUAACAAAACGUAUGCUCUAAAAAAACAACGUUUAUCAGGGUUCUUCAGGCUUUAAAUGUUUAUUAAUUGAUCACUUGGAGUUCCUCAGGGAACCGUCCUGGGUCCCCUUUUGUUUUCAAUCUGAAGAACCCCUUUGAAUUUUUAGAGUGUUCUGAUAUUAUUAUCAAUAUUGUUGUGUGACAAGCUUCUACUAACAUAACGUACUCCUUGGGCUGUUUUUGUAUUCUUAGCAUUUUUUAUUUUGUUAUGUGCUUACAAGUGUGAGAUUAUUUUGUUUUUUCCUAAUUUGGGCAUUUUAGAAGGUACUAAAACCUUUUUUUAACUUUUCAAUAUGUCUACAACAAAAAAAACAGAAGGUUCUGUGACCAACAUACAAUUAAUAUCUGUGAUAAUUACUUUCAUUCACCCCAACAUUUGUUUGUUUGUUUUGCAAACACAAACUCUGAAUCAUUGCGAAGCCUCUCGCCGACCUUCAAUGGAGACGAUGCUACCAAACAACAUUUAUUUAUUCUGAAAUAAAGGAUAUAAGCUGACUGUUUGGACCCCAACACCCAUCGGCAGAAACACUUUCACUAUCACCAAAUCUAUCCCAGAUCAAAACGAGUCACACAUUAACCACUAAGCCAAAGGUCUCUGGGAGCACUGGAGCAAACCCACCUCGCAUGGGACCAUGGGCCUUCCACCUUCUCCCACCUUGUUCCAACUGCUUCCCCCUCGUUCCCUCUCUUUCAAACUCACACAGGACCACGGGCCUUCCACCUUGUUCCACCUCAUUCCACCUCAUUCCACCUCACACAGGACCACGGGCCUUCCACCUUGUUCCACCUCAUUCCACCUUGUUCCACCUUGUUCCACCUCCUUCCCCUUCACAAAGGGCCACGGGCCCUCCACCUUGUUCCACCUCAUUCCACCUUGUUCCACCUCCUUCCAACUCGUUCCACCUCACACAGGACCGCGGGCCUUCCACCUUGUUCCACCUCAUUCCACCUUGUUCCACCUCCUUCCACCUCAUUCCACCUCACACAGGACCACGGGUCUUCCACCUUGUUCCACCUUAUUCCACCUUGUUCCACCUCCUUCCACCUCACACAGGACCACGGGUCUUCCACCUUGUUCCACCUCAUUCCACCUUGUUCAACUGCGUGUUCGAGUCCAGUCAAGCACACGCUCGCUGAAGGUCCCACUUUAAAGCAACAACAAAGUGUUCCUCACAUUACUGGUGAAUCCAUUUGUUUCCUUCCUUCGGUUUCAGUGUCGAUCUGUUGAUGGAUGAACCCGUCAGAAUUCAUGUUUAUAAGGAGACCUGUCUGCUCUUUUUCAACUCCUUAUUGAGUUAGACCUGAUUGGGGCAGAGUCCCUGCAGCAGGAUUAUCUGAAGAAAAACAUCUUUCUGGCCUCGUUCUUGUGCUCUUAGACAGACUUUUUGAAGUGAACCGAUAUUUAUUGUUGUUUUCUAUUCAGGAAACCAUCUUAUGAAUGUUUUAAAUGUUAAUUUAAGGAAUGAGCAAUGCCCUUGUUUGCUAUUUUUUUUUAUCUCCCCAACAUCAAGCUUAGAGGAACAUUUCCUUUGUGGGAUCAGCUGCUGCACGUCUCUGCCAGGAGACGUUUCUGAUUGAAAUAGAAAUUAGUGGCUGAAAAGAAGGAAGGAAACGAUCUAGCAUGUGAUGCACGGUUCAGUGAUGAUCGGUACUAUUGCUACUGGGCCUGCUUCUCUAAAUGCUCGGUUUAAAUAUGUUUUUCUGGGCCUAUCGGUUUGCAUGUGGUAUUUAUUACAGUAUCUGCACUGAAUGAACUGUAUUAUAAACAUGAAUGUACAUAGCCAUCGUUAUGUGAACAGUAACAAUGCGAGUACUUGUGCUGCGUGGGGGGGGCUGUCGGUCUCUGGAUCGGUUCGACGCCACAAACUGAAGAUCUGGAGGCUUUGUCUUUUUUUUUUUAAACAGAUCUGCCCUGAAAGAAAAAGAAAGCACACCAGAUCUCGAGUGAAGUUAAAAAUGCCGUGUUCUUCUGUUCCAGUGCAAAGGCGGCGUGUGUGUGUGUGUUUGUUAGUCUGUGCGAGAGGCGACUUUGGACCUGCGUCCGACACUACGGGCCGUUUUGUGGAAAACAAACAUUUCCUGUUUAUAAUGUAGAGCAAAGAGAGACUGGAAUAGUCCUUGUAAAGAUGUACGAGUACAGUGUCAAAUAUGUGUCAACAGAGACAACAUUAUUUUAAAAAUUGAGUAAUGAAAACUUUUAGCUGUGUAUGUAAAUAUAUAUUACUUGUACUUUGUUUUUGAAAUUGCAGAGACAUGGAAAGGAAAGUGGAAAUAUUUAUUGCUCUAAAGAUAUAAAAAAUCUGUUCAUGUCGAUGGAAA